GGCGCAGCAGAGGUUGUUUUCUGUCUGCCGCGUCCGUGUCCAGCUUUCUGUCAUUCUGCGUCUUUGUGCGUAAAAACAGAACCGCCGGAAUCACCAUGAUGACCGAGGUCCGGAGUUUCUGCUGCGCCUGGAUUUGACUCACAACUCUGGAUAUGGAUUUACUGACUUAAAUGGCUUAGCACAAAGUCUCUGGAGGGAAACCCUGAAUUUCCACCUGGAUUAAUGUCUCGACCAUGAGGAUUACCUGCGCUUGGAAAUGAAUCUUUAAGCGCUACAGUGUAGGGUCAGAAAGUACAGUGAAGUAGUAAAUACUUCACCAUCAGUAACCGACAGUGUCCAACUUUAAGAGUCCAGGAGCUAUGCAGACAGCCUGCGUCUGGGUUGCCAGAGCUUCUGUCCUUCAGCUGUUGCUUUGGUCAGACCUCCUGGACUGCCAACACACAACAGACCACAGGAAGGUUACUGAGAGGGCAGAGCCCCAACAGGAGUUCAGGGCAGAGCAUGGAGAAAUUCAUGGCUCCUGGGGCGCAUGGGGGGCCUGGUCAACUUGCUCCCAGACCUGUGGAAAAGGGGUAGAAGAGCAAAGCAGGCCUUGCCUGCCUGUUUACACUCCAUCCCAGUAUCCUUCCAGAAGAGGUGGUGUUCAGCCCCAGCAACCAGGCCAUGUCAUUUCAGCCCUGCGGCCAACAGUUCCUCUGCACCACAACGCAGGCAGGUCCUCCAACAACAGCAGACGUGGAGAUCUGAGGGAGGAGAAGGAGACGCGGCCUGGUGGACGGAGGAGGGUCACUAACAUCAUCCCAGGGAGGUAUGGCUACGGGAGGGCUCCUUAUGUUGCUCCAUUGCAAACAGACACAGGCCAGGGCUCUGGGACGGCUCGCCCACACAGACAGAGACGCUCUCCUGCAGCUGAUGCCCACUACCCCACCACCAGAGGCCACGGCGGCCACAGGUCAAACAACGCGGACCCCUCUAACAACCUUCAUCGCUACAGCAGACCCUACAUGCAGCCCAGGGCACAGCAGCCCAAAAAUAACCAAGUCUGGGCCCCCCUCUACCAGCCUGGUUCAGCUAACCACCCUCAGGUUCAGCAGGAGCCACAAUCAAGCAGCCAGACGUCUGGACCCCAGCACCAACAGGAAAGACCCUACAACCCCCUGCCUAGUUCCUUCUGCACAGGGGAGCAUGCUCGUUACAGGAUCUGCGGCAGUAAUGCCUGCCCUCCAUCCAGCAGACACAUCAGGGCUGUUCAGUGCUCUUCGUACAACAACCAACCUUUCAUGGGCAGAUUAUAUGAGUGGGAACCUUUCAAUGAAGUUACUGGGGAUCAGCAUUGUGAACUCAACUGCCGGGCCAAAGGGUUCAGGUUCUACGUGAGACUGUCAGAGCGGGUGAUUGAUGGGACGCCAUGUGGACAGAAUGAUACUUUUCUCUGCGUGGUGGGAAAGUGUUCGAGUCUAGGCUGCGAUGACUAUCUUGGAUCAGGAAAGGUGAUGGACAAAUGCGGUGUGUGCGGAGGCGACAACACAACCUGCAGGCUCGUCUCUGGAGUGUUUAAACACAGUUUGUCCAAGAUCGGCUACCACAAGAUAGUGGAGAUCCCAGAGGGAGCCACCAAGAUCAACGUCACAGAAAUGGUGAAGAGCAGAAACUAUCUAGCUCUCCGAAGCCGAUCGGGGCGAUCCAUCAUUAAUGGAAACUGGGCUAUUGACCGACCAGGGAAGUAUGAAGGAGGGGGGACCAUGUUCACCUACCGCCGGCCCAACGAAAUCAGAAGCACAGCUGGGGAGUCUCUUCUCGCUGAAGGGCCCACCAAUGAGAUCUUGGAUGUUUAUAUGAUCUUCCAGCAGCCAAACCCUGGUGUCCACUACGAGUACAUUCUACCCUCUGAGAAACCAGUCGGCCCUCAGCAACCAAACCACAGACCAGAAGAGAACGCUGUGAAUGGACAGGGUGGAUACGACCAUCACGGCAACACUCACAAAGAAAACUUCAAUCCAGCAGGUGGAGGUUGGAACCCUCCUCGUCUCCCAGACAACCAGGUUCCCGUCGUACAGCCACCCAGGCGCGAGAGAGAAUACAACUGGAAAAUGACUGGAACUACAGAGUGUAGCGCCUCCUGUGGUAAAGGAUUCAAACACUCCGUUUUUCACUGCGUCUCCCGGCUGAACCACGGCCAGGUGUCAGAUGCUUUGUGUGACAGCAACACCAGACCGACUCCGCAGGAAGAGGCCUGCAACCUGCAGCCCUGCCCAGCCUUCUGGGAUAUUGGAGAGUGGUCAGAAUGCAGUAAGACCUGUGGCCUGGGCAUGCAACACCGGCAGGUCCUGUGUCGCCAGAUUUAUGCCAACCGCACCCUCAAUGUGCACACCAGCCGCUGUCGACACUUGGAACGACCUGAAAUUGCCAGCACCUGCCAGCUGAAGAUCUGCAGUGAGUGGCAGAUACGCUCCGAGUGGACCGCUUGUUCGGUGCCGUGUGGGCUGGGUCAGAGGUCACGAGAGGUCCGCUGUGUCAGCAACGUGGGCGACUUUGUUCCUGAUGAGGAGUGCAACAUGAAUCUGCGGCCCAUCGAUGUAGAGAACUGCGACAUGGGAUCCUGUGCCAAGAGCUGGUUCUACACUGAGUGGGGCAACAAGUGCUCAGCUGAAUGUGGGAUGGGUGUACGUACUCGGGAAGUUCUCUGCCUGACCAACCACAUCAGCAGCCUUCCUCUCGAGGGGUGUGGCAACGAGCGGCCGGCAGACUCUCAGGUCUGCAACAACGGCCCCUGUGAGAAUCGCAUCGAGUGGUUCACAGGCCCCUGGAGCCAGUGCUCUGCAGAGUGUGGCCCAGGCAGCCAGCAGAGGUCGGUGGUUUGUCUGAUAAAGUCAGAUGAAGGAUUCACCGUCAUGCCUCCGUAUGAGUGCUCCUCUCUGGAUCGGCCCCUCAGCCAGCAGAGCUGCAACCUCAAAGCCUGUGGAGCAAAGUGGUACCACACCGACUGGAGUGCUUGCUCGAAAACAUGUGAGGGAGGGUUCCGUGUGCGGGAGGUGCGCUGCCUGUCUGAUGACAUGCUGUCCAGCGAGGGCUGUGACGAGCAGCUGAGACCAGCAGAGAAGGAGGACUGCAACCCAGAGCCCUGCAUACCUACAAUAGAUGAGAACUGCAGAGACAAAUACUUCAACUGCAACGUGGUGGUCCAGGCUCGCCUAUGCGUGUACGAUUACUACAAGAUGACGUGCUGUGCUUCGUGUUCACGAGUGACCCACAGACAUUCAGUUCACCGGGGCCGCAGCUAGCACUCUCUGCCAGGGUCCCUCAGCUCCAUGUUGGGCCAGACUCAAUACCCACUGCAGGCACUCUGUUCCUGGGCCAGCCAGGGGAGUGAACCAGCUGGACCUUGGCUAAAAUGGACACUUGUUUGGACUGCCAAGGAUGGAAACUGAAGAAGGAACAUUUCUGUUGGUUCAUUUGGAGGCAGCUGUUUGGAGAAAGGAAUACCUAAAAAAAGAGGAGGACAGGAAUCCAAUCACUGGAUAAACGGAGCCCUGGAGGGGUGACAGAGAUCAGUAGCAAACUGAGGAACUUAACAAAACACUUUAUGGAUUUUAACCACCGAGUCUGAUAUAAAGAAUUCAUCUGUUUUUGUUUCAAGGCAAGCAGCUGUCUUUUACCAGUAAUGGCUGUUGUGGAUUACAUGAUAUGAAGAGGACAGCACGUGUAAACAGGUUAAGUUGGACUAUAUAUAGAAAGUAUAUGUUCUAAUAUGGUUCUUUACACUUCAAUGCUCAGAUUUAUGGCGUGAUGUCAUAUGAAGUCGAUGCAGUCUCUCACCUAUAAUCAACUAUUUAACACCCACUUUGUUGACCAAAGAUGUGUAACCUCAUCAAGCUGAAGACAGUGACAAAUUAACACUCAUCCAUAAGAAACAGAUAUGGUGCCUCAAACCCUUCAUGGUGCUGAUGGUGUGUAUUUUAUGCAGCACACAUUGUUAAUUCUUUGUCGCACAUAUGAGGUUUUUCUGAUUGCCUAAGCAGUGGCAAACCACCUUUUUUCCUGCCUGCACAGCCAUGAGGUGUAAAUGCAGCCUGUGUAAUAUGUAUGUACAUAUGUAUGUAUGACAGAGUGAAUGAUAAAGGUCUUUUUAAGGGUUCUCAGACAGUCCUCCCAGCAACUGAAGAGAAAAAGGCCCUCUCUUUAUUUAUUUGAGUGGCUCCCCAGGGAGGUUACUGGUUUAUCGGCCACCGGUGGCCCCUUUUUGGCUGUGGGGAUAAAACCUUUGCUGCCUCUCCACCAAUCACAGCCUCUGAACUGAAUGUAGGCAUUCCACAGCCUGCUGGAUGGUAGAAGCAGAUGGUCAAAAAAAAAAAAAAAAAAAAAAAAUCAACAUGCUUUUAGAGAGGUGAAACAAACAGCAUAUAUGGAUUUUUUUGUCUGUGGGAGAUUAUCAUUCCACAACUGUGCAAUCCCUGAUAACUCACCAAUCAUAAAUACAUUCAAUUAUCCAUGCAAUGUUAUUAAUAUUUGAUUGUAAAGAUAAAUCAUGACAGUAUUUUACAGCUAUUGAUCUGAUAUAGUAUAUAUGAGGUUUACACUAAUAGUAAAUCCUUGUUUAUGAACCAGCCUUUCCUGCCACAUCACCCCCUUUUUUUCAGUUUCAUACACAACCUGCACAAAGUACCUCUCAAGUGUUCAACUAUUUUUGUAUUAUAUGUUAUCCUUUCCCUUCACGCACUAUAAACUUACCUCUGAUACACAAGUACUGUAUAUGUGUCAAUGUUUAAUGUUUUUAAGUAUGCAAUUAAUUUGAUCUCUAAAGGUUGAGAAAAAUAUGUGCUGAUAGCCAGCAUGACGGCAUGAUUCUUGAUUUUCCCAAAAACAAUCAAAAAGAGUGGAACUAAAAUAGCAGAAUAAUUCAGUAUUCAACAUAUGAUUACAACUAAUAAAACAUCUGUAUUUGCUUUAUUUUACAGCAGUUGAUUUUCACAAGAAAAGAUUUUCUGAAAUAAACAA